CUUCCUAUCCUCCAUAUUUCUGGGGUUUUGAAGUCUAUUAUACAAACGUAACUACUCCCUCAUAAUUUAACGGUAAUGGCUUCUUUUUCAGCUACUUCCCUCAGAUUCUGCAUACCUAUCAACCAAGCUAACAAGAUGAACCACAAUCAGCUUCUCAGAAGAAGCUUCCCCGGCCGGGGAUUGCUCAGCAAUAAUAAUGCCUUCCACCUUCGUGUCUCUUGUGCGGCAAAACCAGAGACAGUUGACAAAGUGUGUUCAAUUGUGAGGAAACAAUUGGCCUUGCCUGAAACCUCAGAGCUCACCCCCGAAUCUAAGUUCGCGGCUCUUGGUGCUGAUUCCCUCGACACAGUGGAGAUUAUUAUGACACUAGAGGAAGAAUUUAGCAUCAAUAUCGAAGAGGAUAACGCUCAGAACAUAACCACAGUGCAAGAAGCUGCCGAUUUGAUUGAAGACCUUGUUGUUAAACAGCAAUCUUAAAAGACUACAUGUAGCUUUGCUUUUAGUAUUUGUAUUAUUCCAAGAGGCAGAUGACAAGAGUUUGGUUGGGGAUGGGUUGAGCAGGUAGGAUUAGAAUGUUCUUUUUUUUCCUCAAAUGAUUUUUUUUAAGCAAAUUAAUGUGCUUUUCUACUCCAUCAACUUGUCAGCUACAAAAUUUAUAAUGUAAUAUGAAUUGUAGUGUUGUGUUGUUUUCUGUUCUCUAAA